CCCACCACAAACUGUCAGGAUUUGCAGUCAGUCCCUUGUCUUUUAAUGUAUAUUUUUGCAUGUGCCCUCCUUAUUGUAUGCAUUUUCGACACGGUACAUUGAUUGGCCAUUGUUCAAGGACGUUCCCGUGACCGUCUAUCGCAACAUGGGCCGCGGUUACACAGUAGACGAUACCGUGGAGGUAUAUCUCUCCAAACUGUGUGAUCAGCAAGCAGAUAACAUCACAGGUCUGCUCAUUGGACAGAGCUCACCUCAAAGGGAUUUUGUUGUCAUGGCAUGCAGGACACCUUCAAGGCACGAGGGCCUUGUUGGUGUUGGAAAGACCUUGGACAAGGAGUGGAUCAACGAGCAUGCUAGACAGGUGUCCAGAAUGUUGCCUGGGGGUUUGUCUGUUUUAGGAGUCUUUGUCAUCACUGAUGCAGAUGCCAAGGACACAUUAACUUCACUUCGGCAGCUGGUGUUCACGGUGCAGAGUCUGAUAUCUUCUGAGCAUGUGUGGAAGCCCGCCGAUGAUGAUGUCACGGACUGCCUCACGCUGCACAUCAACCCCAAAACCAGAAAAAUUAUGUGCAGGACCUUUGAUACCAAAGAUCCCAAGAGUAUGGCCAAACCCGCUGAUUGGAAAUACCAGCCAGGCAUAUGUUCCUUCUGGUCCAUGGUGACUUGUUCUGUAAAUGUGGACUUAUUGGUUCCGCUUCCAGACAGAAGCAUCUGUUCAGAGAGCAUGGAUAAGUGUCUUAAGGAGGCACUGAAAGUGUGGGCGCACCAGAUAGAGAAUGCAGUCUGUCUGAUUGACGGCACGCAGCUGCCAGAGGAUGCGGAGCUCGCAGCAGGACAGAAGAGGAACAUGAGACAGACGUUUGCCGCUAAGCUGCUCAUCACACCGGAAGAGCACAGGUUAACAAAUAUGGUCCGGCCGUGCGGAGGCAGCUUGUCAGUCAGAGGGACCAUCCACAGCCGAGCUUACCUGCACAGCAACAAACCCAAGGCCAAACUGGCGGAGAAGCUGCUUAAGAGAGACGUGCUCUCUUCGAUGGUCACCAGAGUUCACAUGUUGCUUGAAGAGCUGCUGAGCUCAGAAGAAGACAUCAAGGGACUCAGCAGAGACAAACAAGGGACAGAGCAAUUCUGCCUCCCUCACCGUGUCUUUGCGCCUGUAAAAGCGAGCGGGCCUUUGUUUGUGUGUGACUACCAGUUCAACGACGAGGACCCAACUGAGGUGAUUGACAGGUUGAAAGAAAUGCUGGACAUUGACACAGCAGAUAAAGACUUGGAUACUAAGUUGGAGAUUGCUGCUGAAAUCCUUAAACCAGCAGAUUGCUUAUUUCCAGAGGCCCCUGUUGAAAAUGUUGAAGUACAAGCGCCUAUCAGAAACCGCUACAUAGGUGUUGCCAUGGCUACAGUCGUUGCCCUACUCGCUGCGGCUGCCUCAAUUCUCUCUCUCAAUGACAUUUGACACACAUGCAUACCAAAAUAAAAUGUAUAUGGUUGAGGGGAAGCGAGCCAUGUGUCAGAU